GGCUGGGUCAUUGUGAUGGUCAAUUUUAGGUGUUACCUUGGCUGGGUUAAACACCUGGAGCAGCGGCCAGAUGCUCCUUCUGAGUAUGUCUAGGACAGUGUCACUGGAGGAGAUGGCAUGAGUGGUGGAAGGAACGGGAAAGACCCACCCUCAGGGUGGGCACCUGUCCAACCGCCUGGGGACUAAGAGAACAAGAAGGGGGAGAAAGUGCGUAUUUCUCCUGUGACCUGAGGCCGGGACAUUCCUGCCUUUGGACGUCAGAACUCCGGGCUCUCUGGCCUCCGGACUUCCUGACUUGACACCAGACACCCUGGCCAAGUUCUCAGCCCUCUGGCCUGGGCCUGCAAAUCACGCCACCGGCUUCCCUGGUCUUGAACUGAGUUACGCUGUGGGCAUCCCAGGGUCUUCAGCUGGUGGACAGCCUGCCAUGGGACUUCUCUGCCUUCACAAUCAUGAUGAAGAUGAGACGCUACAAGCUCUUUCUCAUGUUCUGUAUGGCCGGCCUCUGCCUCAUCUCCUUCCUGCACUUCUUUAAGACCCUUUCCUAUGUCACCUUCCCCCGGGAACUGGCCUCCCUCAGCCCUAACCUGGUGUCCAGCUUCUUCUGGAACAAUGCCCCCGUCACACCGCAGGCCAGCCCCGAGCCGGGUGGCCCCGACCUGCUGCGAACCCCUCUUUACUCUCACUCACCCCUGCUCCAGCCGCUGCCCCCCAGCAAGGCUGCUGAGGAGCUCCACCGGGUGGACUUCGUGCUGCCCGAGGACACCUCCGAGUAUUUCGUGCGCACCAAAGCCGGGGGCGUCUGCUUCAAACCAGGCACCAAGAUGCUGGAGAAGCCGCCCUCGGGGCGGCCGGAGGAGAAGCCCGAGGGCUCCGAGGGCUCCUCGGGGGCCCGGGGUUCGGCGCGGCGCCCCCCGCGUCACAUGCUGAGCGCUCGGGAGCGCGCGGGCAGCAGCCGGGGCGCGCGGCGCAAGUGGGUGGAGUGCGUGUGCCUGCCGGGCUGGCACGGGCCCAGCUGCGGCGUGCCCACCGUGGUGCAGUACUCCAACCUGCCCACCAAGGAGCGCCUGGUGCCCAGGGAGGUGCCUCGGCGCGUCAUCAACGCCAUCAACAUCAACCACGAGUUCGACCUGCUGGCCGUGCGCUUCCACGAGCUGGGCGACGUGGUGGACGCCUUCGUGGUGUGCGAGUCCAACUUCACGGCCUACGGGGAGCCGCGGCCGCUCAAGUUCCGCGAGAUGCUGACCAACGGCACCUUCGAGUACAUCCGCCACAAGGUGCUCUACGUCUUCCUGGACCACUUCCCGCGCGGCGGCCGGCAGGACGGCUGGAUUGCCGACGACUACCUGCGGACCUUCCUGACCCAGGACGGCGUCUCCCGGCUGCGCAACCUGCGGCCCGACGACGUCUUCAUCAUCAACGACGCGGACGAGAUCCCCGCGCGCGACGGCGUGCUCUUCCUCAAGCUCUACGACGGCUGGACCGAGCCCUUCGCCUUCCACAUGCGCAAGUCGCUCUACGGCUUCUUCUGGAAGCAGCCGGGCACCCUGGAGGUGGUGUCGGGCUGCACGGUGGACAUGCUGCAGGCCGUGUACGGGCUGGACGGCAUCCGCCUGCGCCGCCGCCAGUACUACACCAUGCCCAACUUCCGCCAGUACGAGAACCGCACGGGCCACAUCCUGGUGCAGUGGUCGCUGGGCAGCCCCCUGCACUUUGCAGGCUGGCAUUGCUCCUGGUGCUUCACGCCCGAGGGCAUCUACUUCAAGCUGGUGUCUGCCCAGAACGGUGACUUUCCCCGCUGGGGUGACUACGAGGACAAGCGGGACCUCAAUUACAUCCGGAGCUUGAUUCGCACUGGCGGCUGGUUCGAUGGCACGAAGCAGGAGUACCCACCUGCGGACCCCAGCGAGCACAUGUACGCCCCCAAGUACCUGCUCAAGAACUACAACCAGUUCCGCUACCUGCUGGACAAUCCCUACCAGGAGCCCAAGAGCACUGCGGUGGGUGCGAAGGAGCAAGGGCCCCGAGGCAGGCCACCCGCAGCCAGGGACAAAUUGGAUGGGGGUGAAGGCUGAGCCUGAGGGAUCUCUCGGGCCUCUGGCCGGGUGGGGUGGUGGCUAACCCUGGCUGCCUUCGGCCUCUUCCUGUCGACUCGGGGUACUGGAGGGACCAGGAUUGAGCGGGUGGGCAGUUCCCUAUUCAAGCCCUUGUGCAUCGAGGGUUAGGUUCUUCACAAAAACAAAACAAAACAAAAAAACAAAACACCUCCUUUGCUGCCAGGAGAAGGGAGCAAGCCCAGACAUCUAUGCAGCCCUUUUGCUACCAGGAGUGCCGUGGCCAGGAGGUGCCACUGGAGAGCGCAUGACGGGGCCCAGGGACUGAGAAGGGCCUGGGGGAGAGAAGGGGCCCUGUGGGAACCUUCAGGGCCGCCCUGUGGGGCUGCAACCGGUAGAGGGAAGCCUUGAUGCUUUGGCAUGGGGCUUCGGGCCUGCAGUGGGGAGGGGCCAUGCCACCAGGCCCAGCUCUGUAAAUAGAUGCAUUUGGGAGCAAGGGGACCCCCUAGCAGGGAAGGGGUGCUGAUGAACACUGCAUGGUGUCCUCAGAAAUGCUGGCCUGGAGGAGGAGAAAGAGGCCUCACUCCCUGCCCUACAGGACAUCCCCAAGCUGGGAGGACAGUGCCCAAGCUGUUAGGUUUCUGUCCCUUGUAUGUGGCCUGGAGCUUCCUCUUUCUGAUUUCAAACCUGGCCUCGCAGUUUCUUCAUACUCUGCAUUAUUGUCGUGUGGGCUGCCUGCCCCACUGUUUGCAGGGACCCCAGAAUCUAGUUCUCAGGGUGGGGUGGGCGCUAGAGACAAGCCAAGGGUGGCAGGUGUGGCCUGGGGCAUGGGGAGGUGAAGAUGGACAUGAGACUCUCGUCAUUCUGCGUCUCCCUCCCUGUCACCCCCGCCAGCUGGUGCCCACUGCCCCAAGCACCACCACCCCCAGUGGAAUCACACGUAAGCUGUCCCUGGAGGCUGGCUAGGGGCCAGGAAGGAGCCAAAGGCUCUCAGGCCCAAGAAGGGACAUUAAGGUCAGUUGUAUGUUAACCUGUUCCUCUUAGUUUGCCUUGUGGGGGGAUGGGGAAUGUCAUGUGUUGGAGAUUCUGAGCUGCUGUAAGAGACCGUGAAAUGCAGAGGUUUGUGCAAGACAAAAGCUUGUUUCUGUGAAAUUAUCUAGAGAGAGAUGGAUGGUCCAGAACUAGUAGGCAGCGCCACUUUGCUUCACUCACACCUUCCAAUUCCGGAUACAGAGUGGCUGCUCCAGCUCCCGCUAUCACUUGUGCAUCCCAGAGCAGAAAACGGCAAAUAAGUGCAUACCUUUCCUGUUAUGGCCUCAAGCCAAAAAAAUGGCAUGAUUUCUAUUACUUCUGAUGGCUUCUCAUUGGCCAGGACUGAGUCACAAGGUCACAUAAAUACAGCUGCAAGGGAAACUGGGAAAUUGCCUUGUGCCAGACCUCAGUUUGGGAGAUCAGGGAAGGAGAAGAGGGAGAAUGGGGGUGGGGGACAAGCAGAUUUCUGGGGGAGGGGUAGAAGUGACUGCUUCCGUUGUAGGAUCCUGCUCCUGCUCCUGCUCCUGUCCCAGUUGCCCAGGGCCGAGUGCUGUGGCAGUGACAGGUGUGUGACCAGGAGAGAAUGUCCCUCCCUGCAUCCCCCAGGUGUUUCCUGUGAGGCCGAUGUGUGGAGGCUGCCUGUGGAAUGGUCCGUUGCCGUGCGUGCGUGUAUAUUUAUGGGCAUGGGUGCAUGCUUGGUGUGUAUUUGUACGUGUCUGUAUCGAUGUGUCCCUGUACAUAGGUGCCUGAGUGUGGGAGUGGGAGUCCCGGCCCAGGCAUCCUCUUUUCCAGGUCCUGUGGCCAUGUUUCCUGCGGCUUCCCAGGGUGACUGAGGCAGGAAGCCUUUGGGGAGCCCAGAAAGCAAGAUGAAGGAGAUGUGGGGUCUGUCUGUCUGUCUGUCUUCCAGUCUGAGGAAUGAGUCCUCUCUCCUGUCAGCCCCUCUUGGUCCCCGCUUUGUCCUCCUCCUGAUCCCCAGCUCCAGCAGGGCUUUUUCUGAGCAGCUCACUAGGAAGAUGCCUGAUGGCUCAGGAGAGCUGGAGGACGUGGCUGGCGCAGGCGUGAUGUGGGAGGCUGGCCUCGGAGCAGCCGUGGUGGACAGGCCUAGAGCAGGGAAGGAAGACGGAAGGCUCAGGCCUGCCAGGGUUCAGACCAAGCGGGGAGGGGGCAGAGGGAGGGCCGGGGCCAGGGUGUGGGGUGAAAGAGUUUCACAUAUAACCACAGCAUACACUGGCAAGGGGGGGCGGUGCCAGGGCCACUCCCAUACCUGGAGGGAAACCAAACAAUGUGAACACUGGCACACUGCUGCCCUGUCACCAUAUCCAGAUGUCUUUACCGGGGACCUCUGGCCCUAAGGAGGCCUGUGCAGCCAAGCUUCUAGCUGGCUUUGUCCACACGUAGUCAUAUCAGUUCCAGGGGUGGGGACAGAAUUGAGAGUCAGCGUGGGGACACGGGACUUGCCCCUGCAGAAGGCAGGGCCCUAGGAAAUGUGUAAUUUAAGGACACCAAUAAUAAUAGUAUUAUUUUUUUUGUAAAGGAAAAUCAAUAUGUACAUUCUGAAAUCAUUUUCUCUGUAAAUGGUUGGAUUUCAUUUCACCCUUAAAGGGAUGCUUAAAGGAGAAGAUAUUAAUAAUAAAAACAGCUGUGAAGUCUGAA